UUUUUGUAUUUCACCACAAUCUUUCUUUGUGGCUCUUUAUUUUGUCCCUGUUGGACGCUAUCUCCUUUCUCCUUUUGCAUUACAGAAGCAACUACAACGCAACCAUGGCGGAGUUAAUGUUUGGAUUGAAUCAAACCAAGAAAAAGAAGACCGUGCAGGCCAAAGUACGCAAGGACAAGUCGGAAGAGUGGAAUUACAAGGCCAAAGGACCCGACGGCCUAGAACAGUAUCGAUUCAACCAAACCGAACGUGAUCAAAAGCAAAAGGAGACGGCCCGUGAAACCAAGAAAAACUUGAAGGAUAUCCAGGCCAAGGGACCUGACGGAUUGGAGCAGUAUCGGUUCGAACAAACACAGAAGGAAGCCCAAUGGAAACAGACCGGGCGAGAUCAAAUUAAAGAUAAUACGAAAUUUGAUAUGGCGAGGUCCUUGUUUGGAGGAGGAGAAGGAGGCGAGGAGGAAGAAGAAGAGGAGUGAUCUAAUAUCUUACCUCGGUUGGCCUCAUCAAUUAUUUAUACACGACAAAUAUUAUUGACAGGAGGUGGUGAACUUUUUGGAGAAGGCCGAUGUGAAACGUAACAGUUUGGAGAAAUUCAGUAUAAAAAAGGAUGAGAAGUGGAAGUUUCAAGGAGGCCUGCAAACGCAAGGAAACACGGAGCCACAGUGGCAGAGAAGGCAAGUCAUUCUAUUGUUAUAACCAGUAACAAUAGGAUAACCUCGUUACGUUG